AUGGCGUGCGGCAGCAGAAGGGUCACCAUCCAGCUGGUGGAUGAGGAGGCAGGGGCUGGAGCCAGAGGCCUGCAGCCCUUUCGGGGUCAGAGAUACGAGGCAAUCCGGGCAGCCUGCCUGGAUUCUGGGAUCCUGUUCCAAGACCCUUACUUCCCUGCUGGCCCUGAUGCCCUUGGCUAUGAUCAGCUGGGGCCAGACUCGGAGAAAGCCAAGGGAGUGAAAUGGAUGAGACCCCAUGAGUUUUGUGCUGAGCCGCAGUUCAUCUGUGAAGACAUGAGCCGCACGGACGUGUGUCAGGGGAAACUGGGUAACUGCUGGUUUCUUGCGGCUGCUGCCUCCCUUACUCUGUACCCCCGACUCUUGUGCCGGGUGGUCCCCCCUGGACAGGGCUUUCGAGACGGCUAUGCAGGUGUCUUCCAUUUCCAGCUCUGGCAGUUUGGCCACUGGGUGGAUGUCGUGGUGGAUGACAGACUGCCCGUGCGUGAGGGGAAGCUGAUGUUUGUGCGCUCAGAUCAGCGGAAUGAGUUCUGGGCUCCACUCCUGGAAAAGGCCUACGCAAAGCUCCACGGCUCCUAUGAGGUGAUGCGAGGCGGCCACAUGAAUGAGGCUUUUGUGGACUUCACAGGCGGUGUGGGCGAGGUGCUCUAUCUGAGACAAAACACCCUAGGCCUCUUCUCUGCCCUGCGCCAUGCCCUGGCCAAGGAGUCCCUUGUGGGUGCCACUGCCCUGAGUGAUCGGGGCGAGUACCGUACAGAAGACGGGCUGGUGAAGGGACAUGCGUAUUCCGUCACAGGCACGCACAAGGUGUCCCUGGGCUUCACCAAGUUGCGGCUGCUGAGGCUGCGGAACCCGUGGGGCCGCGUGGAGUGGACCGGGGCCUGGAGUGACAGCUGUCCACGCUGGGACACACUCCCCCCCGAGUGGCGAGAGGCUCUGCUGGUGAAAAAGGAGGAUGGUGAAUUCUGGAUGGAGCUGCAGGAUUUCCUCCACCACUUUGACACCGUCCAGAUCUGCUCGCUGAGCCCAGAGGUGCUGGGUCCCAGCCCAGCGGGAGGUGGCUGGCACAUCCACACCUUCCAAGGCCGCUGGGUGCGCGGCUUCAACUCUGGUGGGAGCCAGCCCAGUGCUGACACCUUCUGGACCAAUCCCCAGUUCCGGCUGACGCUGCUGGAGCCUGAUGAGGAGGAGGAGGAGGAUGAGGAGGGGCCUUGGGGGGGCUGGGGGGCAGCAGGGGCACGGGGCCCUGCACAGGGGGGCCGCACCCCCAAGUGCACGGUCCUCCUGUCACUCAUCCAGCGCAACCGGCGGCACCUGAGGGCCAAGGGCCUCACUUACCUCACCGUGGGCUUCCACGUGUUCCGGAUUCCAGAGGAGCUGCUGGGCCUCUGGGACUCCCCGCGCAGCCGCGCGCUCCUGCCCGGGCUGCUGCGCGCCGACCGCUCUCCCUUCUGCGCCCGCCGCGACGUGAGCCGCCGCUGCCGCCUGCGCCCCGGACACUACCUGGUGGUGCCCAGCGCCGCCCGCGCCAGCGACGAGGCCGACUUCACGCUGCGCAUCUUUUCUGAGCGCCGCCACACGGCCGUGGAGAUCGAUGAUGUGAUCAGCGCAGACCUGCAGGCUCUCACGGGCCCUUACAUGCCCCUGGAGCUGGGGUUGCAGCAGCUGUUUCAAGAGCUGGCUGGAGAGGAAGAAGAACUCAAUGCUCCUCAGCUCCAGACCUUAUUAAGUGUUGCCCUGGAGCCUGCCAGGGCCCAUGCUCGGACUCCCGGAGAGAUUGGGCUCAGGACCUGUGAACAGCUGCUGCAGUGUUUUGGGCAUGGGCAAAGCCUGGCCCUGCAUCACUUCCAGCAACUCUGGGGCUACCUCCUGAAGUGGCAGGCCACAUUCGACAAGUUUGAUGAGGACGCCUCUGGAACCAUGAACUCCUACGAGCUACGGCUGGCGCUGAAUGCGGCAGGCUUCCACCUGAACAACCAGCUGACCCAGGCUCUCACUAGCCGCUACCGGGACAGCCGUCUGCGUGUGGACUUUGAGCGCUUUGUGUCUUGUGUGGCCCAGCUCACCUGCAUCUUCCGUGAGUGCCACUGCAGCCAGCACCUGGAUGGGGGUGAGGGGGUCAUCUGCCUGACCCACAGACAGUGGAUGGAGGUGGCCACCUUCUCCUAGGAUCUCAGGAUGGGAGCCCCUGCUGCUGGAGGCAGGACACCUGAGCGAGGCCACACUCCCCGGGCCCUGCUCUGGCUGGAGCUGGCCUGCCUGGGCCUGACUUCUGCCCCACCGCUCACUGGCUGGGUGACUUCCCUGUUCUUUGCUCUCACCUGGAAAUGGGUAUGGCAAC